AUUAUUCGCUUCUCCCAGAAAAACCCAACUGGAAAGAACACGAGGGUUUCUCUUGUUUUGAUUCAGUCUCUGAUUCAACCUGUCGAAAAGCUACUCUGUCUCUGUUGUCUUGGUGAGGCUUUGGCGCACUUUGGGGGAAAAACUUUCUUAAAGAGAGUAUAUUCAGACAAGAAGAUACGCCAUGCAGUUAUAUCAUCAUCCAUACUCUUUGGACAGCCAAAGGGUGAGACUUGCAUUGGAAGAGAGAGGCAUCGAUUACACGUCCUACCAUGUCAAUCCCAUCACAGGCAAGCACAUGGACUCUUCCUUCUUUAGGAUGAACCCCAAUGCAAAACUUCCCGUUUUCAAGAACGGUUCCCACGUCAUUUUGGACACUAUUGAGAUAAUAGAGUACCUGGAGAGAAUAGCCGUGGUCUCCUCUGGCACCGAGGGCACGACUUUCAGUAGAGAAGUUCUCGAGUGGAUGAGGAAGAUAAGGGAGUGGGACCCGAAGCUUUUCACGCUUUCGCACAUACCCGAGAAACACCGUCUCUAUGUCUCCAAGUUCUUGAGACGGGUAGUCAUUGCUCGGAUGGCUGAGUCUCCCGACAUGGCUAGCGCCUACCAUAGGAAGCUGAGGGAAGCUUAUGAGACAGAAGACAAACUGAAGGACCCUGAAGCUGUGAGAAGAAGUGAACAACACUUGACGAGGCUUCUGGAUGAGGUGGAAAAUAAGCUGAGUGAGACGUCGGGGUAUUUGGUGGGAGACGAGUUCAGUAUGGCAGAUGUGAUGCUGGUGCCAGUCCUGGCCCGGGUUUCGUUGCUGAAUUUGGAAGAAGAGUACAUAAAUGUCAGGCAAAGUCUCUCUGAGUAUUGGAGAAUGGUGCAGAAGAGACCCAGCUACAAGGUGGUCAUUGGAAGGCAUUUCACUGGUUGGAGAAGGUAUAGAACAUUGGUCAAAACAUGGUUCUUUGUUAAGAUCAGAAGUUUACUGAGAAAAUAUUAAUAUGUGAAAGAAAGAAAGAAAGAAAGAAGGUGGUUUGCUUAUCUUCUCUCUUUGAUUUUCUGAUAUGUGGAUAUUUUGCUUGUAAAUUGAGAAGAUCAUAAGGAAUAUGGUCAAACGUUAUGCAGA